AUGGUAACAAAAGGAGCCAUGUUGUGGCUGGCCUGCACGUAUGACCUGGACGGAGGGACACUUGGACAUCUACGGUGGAGGGAUGAGGAGGUUAGAACGGUUAUCUUAGCCAUUCCUACAUCUACACCUCAAUGUUCUACAUCAUUUCCUGAUAACUACCGUAUAGACUGUAACCUGGCCUCUAAUGAAGUCAGACUGGGGAUCCUUAACCCUGUACAUGGUGAUACAUACACCUGUAGUGUCUACCUGUCGGACGCCACACUGAAAGGAUGGGUAUUAACACAGGUGUCUAUUAUUGUACCUGUACCCAACGUUACCUUAACUUCUCCCGUCAGUGACACAGUCACAGUAACACCAGGGGACAGUCAGGUGUACACGUAUGUAACAGGAAGUUGUCGUCCUCCUGCCCGGAUAGACUGGUACAAGGAUGGUGUAAACGUCACAAAUCAGACCGGAAGUGUUAGUAAUGACGGUGACGAGUUUGUGACCACCAGUUCGUUUACACUGACCGGGGCCAAAGAUGACAGACCAGCCACUGUCCAGUGUAGGGCUAGUAACGUGGAUGGAAUGACCCCUGUCCAGUCCGGUGUUAAAACACUUGUUGUCCAAUGCCCGCCAGAAAUACCUACAAAUAUCCAAGAGAUGGAAAACACUGAAACAACCAUUAUUGUACAAUGGACAGAAGGUUUCAAUGGCGGCCAACCCCAGACAUUUGUCAUUCUGUAUAGACCUGAGGGAGGAACAAAGACAGAAACAGUAUCAGUGAUAGAACAACAACAGUCAACAUACACCAAGGAAAUAACGGGUCUGAUACCAAACACCAGAUACCUACUGAACAUGUACGCCUAUAACGUAGUGGGAAACAGCUCACUCAGCAGUGUGGUGGAUAUUAUCAGUAAAACCAACCAAGAAUGUUCAUAUAAGGGAGAGAUGACUUCGAUUCCCAAUUUGGCGUCCAUUGCACUUUUUAUAACAUCAUCGGUGUUGUUAGUUACCGCAGUGUUCUUGGUUAUGUGUAUUAUUUGUAGACGGAAAUUAAGGAAGAUGAGAGGCAGAGAAAAUAAUCCCGUGGCUGAAGCAGGGGUAAACCUGCCUCUGUCUCCUGUAGGACAACAUGACAUUUCAACUGAGAGAUCACACUAUGACGAUUUGAACCUAGAGGAAAGAGAACCACCAUCAAACUAUGAGUGUCUUGGAAGUAAUGCUGCAGCCAAUGUGAAUACACAAGCUUCCACUGACGACAGACAAAUGUAUGAAUCCCUUGGCACAAGAAGUAAUGCGGCCGUAUAUGAUGAACUCGAAGGACCAGCAAGCCGUGCUCACGUUAUAAUCUGAAGUGACAUAUGAGGCAUGUGUCAAUUCUGCGUUCACUUAACGUCCUUAUUCAGAAGAUGCUCUGACGUUGUACCUGUCUGAUAUGUACGUGAUGAAGUAACUGGUAUACUUGAAUAUUUUGAAGGACAUUGUUAUCAAAUAAUCAAUGUAUUAUUCAAUGAUGUUUACAUAAAGAUUCUUAAAUAAUAUUUGUUUAAAACAAUUUUGAUCUAUGAUUGUAUAUACAAGUUCAUGCCAUGAUAUAUAUGCAUUUUUUU